GCUGCAGUUACAACGUUAUUCUACCGCAUUGUAGUCUGGUGAUCUUAAAGUGCAGUUGCAAUGUAAUUAUCAUACUGUACAGAGAACUUGAGCUGCAGUUACAACGUUAUUCUACCGCAUUGUAGUCUGGUGAUUGCAAUGUAAUUCCAGUACAGUCUAGAGAUCUCAGACUGCGGGAGAGUUGACAGGUCUGUAUUACUCAGCGAAAAGGCGAAGGGACGCGCGCGCGCGUUUCCACGGCGACAAGCGAAUCCAGCCCCCUUUAUUCCAACACUGAGAUUCCCGCGCAAAUAGAAGCGGCAAAAAGAAAGAGGCUGACAGGAAACCUCGAGGUAACGGGAAAGAAGCUAACGGGUGACACGACUGAGAGGGAGCAGUGAUGACGGAUCAGGACUGGGGUUCCCGCACACUGGCAGGAGAUGGCGAUGGGGAGGAUGAAGACUUGGGCCCCAGUGAGGUGUAUCUGAGCAUGGUGUGUCAUCGCGGGCAGCUGGGAGUGGCAUACUAUGACACUGCGGACUACAGUGUUCACUACAUGCCAGACACACAGGAUGACUUCAACCUUAAACUGCUGGACAAAGUUAUUGAAGAGGUCCAGCCGCUCUGUAUCAUUUCAAGCGCUAAACAGGAUCGCAGUGUUUCAGAGCACCUAAAGAAACUGAGCAGCACUCAAGAGAAACCAGAAAUAGUCCUCUACCCCAGUGCUGAUUUUGGUAUUGAGAUCAGUAAGCAAAGAGUGUUAUCAGCUCACCUGCCCUUCGUUCCAGCCAGCCUGACUGAAGCUGAGCGCAUCCACUACCUCUCCUCUCUCCUCCCCUUUGACUGCCUGCAGAUGAUGUGCGCUGUGGGGGGUCUCCUCAGGUUUAUGGAGAGAAGGAGAGUGGGGGUGGAGCUGGAGGACAGCAGUGUGAGGGUGCCCAUCCUCGCCUUCAAGCAAUUUCUGUUAAACAAUCUGGUGUACAUAGACCAUGACACAUACUGCGUUCUGCAGAUUUUCAAAGCUGAGCCCCAUCCGUCCAUAUACAAACUGGCUUCAGGAGUCAAGGAAGGCAUGAGCCUGUACGGAAUUCUGAACCGCUGCAAGUCCAAGUUUGGAUCCAGGCUGAUGCGCCGCUGGUUUCUCAGACCCACUCGAGACCUGGCCGUGCUCAAUAUGCGCCAGGAGGUGAUCGAGUUCUUCACCUCCCCGCGGAACAACCAGGUGCUGACAACACUGCAGGACUGCCUGAAGAACAUCAAGGGCAUCCCGGCUAUGCUGAGGAGAAUGACCCUGUCUAACACCAAAGUGAGUGACUGGCAGGCCCUCUACAAGAUAUCGUACAAUGCUGUGUGUAUCAGAGACACAGUGUGCUCCCUGCCUCAGUCUGUGCAGCUCUUUAGAGAAAUCUCCCAGGCUUUCAGUGAGGACCUGCACUACAUAUCCAGCCUGAUCAGCAAAGUGGUGGAUUUCGAGCUCAGCAUUGCAGAGAAACACUUCACCAUCAAACCCAACGUGGACCCUGCCAUUGAUGAAAAGAAGCGCAAGAUGAUGGGUCUGUCUGAUUUCCUGACUGAUGUGGCGAGGAAAGAGCUGGACAAUCUGGACAGUCAGAUUCCAUCCUGCAGUGUCAUCUACAUUCCCCUGAUUGGAUUCCUGCUGUCUGUGCCUCGCAUUCCCAGUAUGGAUGAGAACAAGGACUUUGAAAUUGAAGGUCUGGAUUUCAUGUUCCUGUCUGAGGACAGACUACACUACAGGAGCCAGAGGACUAAGGAGUUGGACACUAUGCUCGGAGACCUGCACUGCGAGAUACGUGAUCUGGAGACGGCAGUGAUGACGCAGCUGCAGGAGAAGGUGGUGGAGAAGGGCCCGGUCCUGUACAAGGUGAUGGAGUACUCCGCCCAGCUGGACUGCCUCAUCUCCCUGGCGCUGGCUUCCAGAGAGUUCUCCUACUGCAGACCGACCCUGUCCACCCAGCACAGCAUCAGCAUCCGGGAUUGCAGGCACCCCCUGGUUGAGAUGUGCACUGGCAUGUACGUGUCGAACCCGGUGCUCAGCUCUACAGAUGAGGGCAAGAUGAAGGUGAUCACAGGACCCAACUCCUGCGGCAAGAGCGUCUACCUGAAACAGGUGGGGCUGGCUGUGUUCAUGGCUCUGGUUGGCAGUAACGUUCCUGCGUCGGAGGCUCACAUUAGCCUGGUUGAUGGGAUCUACACGCGCAUGCAGAGCCGAGAGUCUGUGUCAGUGGGUCUGUCGACGUUUAUGAUCGACCUCAACCAGAUGGCCUGUGCUGUGAACAAUGCCACAGAGAGAUCCUUGGUCCUCAUUGAUGAGUUUGGCAAAGGAACCAACACAGUGGACGGCUUGUCCCUACUGGCAUCCUGUCUGAGACACUGGCUCCAUCCUGAACAGGCUUGUCCCCAUGUCUUCAUUUCAACAAACUUCCACAGCCUGUUUCAACUCAAACUGCUGCCUGAGAGUCCACUCCUGUGCUACCAGACCCUGGAGACUGCUGUGGACGGGGAGGAACUGGCUUUCUUCUACCAGCUGAGAGAGGGAGUGUCGACUUCCAGCUAUGCAGCCAACAUUGCCACCCUGGCCGGGAUGCCUGCCAAGAUAGUGCAGAGAGGGGUGGAGGUGUCGGAGCUUUACCGAGCAGGAAAGUGUAUCAAGCGCCUCGACCAGCCCACCUCCCAAGAGCAGUUUGACAGGUGCGAGGAGCUGGUGGACAGGUUCUUGUGCCUGGAUCUUGAGGACCUCAGCGUUGACCUGCAGGAGUUCAUGACAACGGUGCUGCGCUCUGCUGCUUCAGUCCUGUAGCGCGGGCUGCAAACAAGGGAAUGCCUUUGGUCGUUCAUACACUGGAUUUGGUCUGUUUUCUUACACUUUUUUUGUAUCAUUAGACUGGGAAACUGGGUCAGCGGGACAAAUGAAACUGAAUUUGUGAGAACAGUAGUACAAGAAGACAUGGAAAGGCCGUGGACUGGACAGGUUGACGUCUAUUAGUGAGAAGACAAUAUUUUACCAUAAGUGACGGGAAAGGGGAGGACUGGAUAGACUAACUGAUUUAUGGUAGAAGACUCCACUCUCGUCACAACUAGAAGGGAGUUUCCAGUCGUCUCAUAUACAAGGCCACUGUCUUUGUUCUACUGAGACAGAAAAGGGUGGGGAGGGGGCCAUCACUGAACAGAUUCACUUCUGUUAGUAAGACGACUGGAAGCUGACCCUGUUUCUAAGAAUACUGUCUUGUAACUAACGGACGCGAACCUGGCCAGUCAACUCCCUUUCAACCUCUCUGUUUUAUAGUACAAGAUGGUCCUGUCACUCCCUGAUGUGUUAUAUCAGAAAUGCAUAAAACGAUUUUCAGUUUAAGGAAAUACUCUUGAUGGAAUAUAAAUAAAGUUUAAAAAAAAAAAAAAAAAAAAAAAAAAAAAAAAAAAAAAAGUAUUUCCAAAUAUGUUUACACCAAAUCUAUUCACAGAAAUGCUAAAAUGUACAAAUCCUGAAAACUGUCAUUCAGUAUAACUGGGAAUUAUUUAUUUUAACCAGCAACUUCAAAACAAGUACAAUCGACAAACAAAGAAGAAAAGAAAAACCCCAAACAAUGCUAAACAGUCAUUUGGCAAUUUGUAACCCAACCAUCCAGUCUACAAGUUAAAAAGACUACAAACUCUGGACACAGUUCAAUAAAAACAAACAAAAAGCCCAGACUCUUUCGAUCACCACUUUGCACGCUCCAUGCAUUAAUAAACAGACACAAUUUAAGACUACAUUUCACAAAGCACUUAGUUUGCAGAGGGAGAUAGAACUGAUAAGGAACAGUUGGGCUUUAUGUAGGGGCUAGUUAAGGCAGUAGCACUUCAAAUGGCAGUUUUAUACACUUCCCUUUUUGUUAGUCAAAUAAUUUCCUAACUUCUGUUGCUCGAUUAUUAACCCUAUCUUGAGAAAUUGUGUUAUAUUGUGAUCUUGCUAUUGCAAUUGGCUUUGAACCUAUUUUGAGCUGGGACCAACAGUCUUCCUCAUUCCAGUCAGGUCAUGCGACGAUGUAAUCUUUCAACUCUGUUGACCAGCGCAGUUGAAAGGUCACAUUGUCACGUGAUUUCAAUGGAACAAGGAAAUCUCUCCAAUCCUGACAUGUGGGAUUCUCCAGACAAGUACAAAGCCAGAUUUAGAGAAAAAAAAAAGGAUUCAAUACAAUUAGAGGAGCAACAGAACCCAGAACUAUUCGGACUGAUCUGAAACUCCAGAACAUAGGAAGAGGCAUGAAGCUAUUUGCUCUUUAAAAAGGCCUUUCAGGGAGGUUUUUUCUACCUGAAAUGAGAGUUGUAGCAAUGCCCACUAAACAAACAUCUGCCUUACCUGUGAAGAAACUGCUUUGUGAAAAGUAUCUGUAGUCAAGAAUAAAAAACGACCAGUUACUCUGUAUAGAGUGACACACAGUUACAUUGCCUUUGUAAUGUCAUCACAGGUGCAGAACAGUACAGGAGAGGGGGCUCUGCACACAUCAUGGCUUUCAUUGUAGAGGGAGGGGUAAGAGGACAUCUAGAACUUAAAAUCUACCUAUCAAAUUUUUUUUUUUUUUGUAUUCAACUUUUCCACAUUAUUCUCCCAUCAACAUUCAUGGAAGAGCCCACAGAUUUAAUUCAAAUGAGAAAGAAAGUUUAAUAGCUCAGGAAGACACUGAAAAAGGCCCCCCCAAAAAAGUUAUUCUUUGACUCUUA